CUCUGCGAAGUGACACCAGAAGCGAGUUCUCACGUAUAUUGCACAAGUUGCCAACUGCAAGUCACAUCACAUCGGUUCAUCUUGAAAUCUCGAUGGACGCUAUAGACGCGCCGAUGUCUUCGCAGAUCGCCGACUACAUCAGGCACUCGACCACCCUGAAGAAGCUACACCUAUCCUUGUUUUGCGAGCCUUCUCAAGAGAUCCCGGGGAGCAAGUCUUGGGCUGAAAUUGUUACAUCAAUGUCUCGGAAUGGAAGCGUCGAGGAGUUGCACGUUAAGUUGCCCAAUAUAGAAGGCCAAGACACCAAGAUUCUCGCACAGGCUGUCAAGUCCAACAAAAACAUGCAGCGUGUGUACUUUGUGCCCGAAAGAUCCCUUGAUGCGAACGACUUUUUCCGGGUUUUAGCCGAAAACAUCAGGGAAAAUCUCACGUUACUCGCUGUUGUCGUCGACGUUACCCUGGAUGACAAGGAGUUGGCGAGGAACUGGUUUAUUGUUUGGGACGUCAUGCGGCGUAAUUCUGGGCGUCUCAGGCACGCUUCUCUAUUCGUUAGUGGAACUCGAUGUGAUCGGGCAUGUGCUGAAGCACUGGAAUGGAUGCACCUUCAUCCCGCCCUGCCGGAACAAGUCGCCGAGCUUUCCUCGGUUCCCAAAAGGGACGCCAUUCUUAUGAUCAAAAAUGCGGUCAAAUUGCUAGAAGGCAUGCACGAGUUCAUGAGGCUCGCUGGUGUCGUCAGCCGGCGAGUGUCAUGCCAGUGGCGGGAGGAAGAGACAGCGCAGCUGUGUGACCUGAACGAGGACUGCUGGCGAAGAGUGCGCGGAUACUUGCGGCUCAGUGAUGUGGGCUACUCUUCGGAAAGAACGUGAACAUUUAUGAAUGACAAUAUUGCGAUAUGUGAUGUACCUCCACGUGCUCAUUCCCAAAAUAUUUUCGUUCGUUCACAGCUUCAAACGACGUACGAAUGUUUCUGAUAGACAUUUUAGCAUGCGUGAUUCCUGUUGAAGCAUAUGAUGAGGAUGAUAAACAACUUCGGCUGAUAA